AUGUACGUGUAUAUUUAUCAAUACUUGGCGGUGGUAUAUUUGUAUGUGUCUUCUUGGUUCGAAGGCGCAACAAAUGAAGUCACAUCUGGGUCUAGACCUAAUACGCCUACCAUAGCACCAGGCUCACCACUAAGAAGACCACUAGUAUGGAACGAUAUCAACUUUUUGCAUACUACAGACACCCACGCAUGGUAUGGGGGCCAUGAGCAUCAGAAAUCAUACAGUGGCAAUUGGGCACAUUUCAUAUCGUUUGCUGAACGAUUGAAGGAGAAGGCUCAUAAGAAUCACCAAGACUUGUUGUUGGUCGACUCGGGUGACAAGCAUGAUGGUAAUGGGUUGAGCGAUCUGACAUCACCAAAUGGAGCGUUGCUGUUGCCUAUUUUCAUGAAACAAGCAUACGAUAUCGUCAGCAUUGGGAACCAUGAGAUGUACUUGUGGGAGAACUUUGUUCAAGAGAGGGACGUUGUAGCUAAGCACUUUGCUGAGAACUACAUUUCUUCCAAUGUUGAGUUUGAAGUCGACGAUGGCAAGUUUGAACCUGUCGGUCAAAGGUACAAGUAUUUUGAGACAGAGGUUAAUAAUUAUCGAAUCUUAGCCUUUGGAUUCUUAUUUAAUUUCACCAGAAAUUGCAAUGGUUCCAAAGUAAUUCCUAUGCGUGAUGUUUCAGAGCUGGAAUGGUUUUUGGAUGCUUUGAAUCGUCAUUUGGGUCUGGUGGAUUUGAUUAUCAUCAAUGGUCAUACACCAAUCACUCCAACUUGGGAAGAGUUUUAUUUCAUUCAUAAGACAAUACGGAAGUACUAUCCCGACACGAAGAUCCAGUACUUUGGGGGCCAUUCUCAUAUUAGAGAUUUUAGGGUCUUGGAUGGUCUUCUGACGGCAAUUCAAAGUGGUAGAUUCUGUGAGACUGUUGGUUGGCUAAGCAUUAAUAUGACAACAAUUGCAAGAGCUCCAAUUACUGAGAUUUUCCAUAGAAGUUACAUAGACUUCAAUCCCCUGUCAUUCCUCUUCCAUUCGGGGUAUGAGAAUGUUGAUGAUUUCAUGACACCAAGGGGAACUGAAGUCAAGGCCCUAAUUCAUCGGAUCAAUGACCAACUAGACUUGGGCAAGGUAAUUGGCUAUGUUCCUCAAGACUAUUAUAUAGAUCGAGUCCCUCUGUCACAUCCUCAGAAUCUCUUAAAGUUGUUAACGGAGAAGGUGUUGCCUCUUUUAACGUACAAUUCCACCAUUCUGGAAAGAACAAUCAUUAUAAAUUCUGGGUCUUUACGUUACGACUUAUUUAAAGGUGCUUAUACCUUAGACACUCAUUAUAUUGUGUCACCCUUUAGGAAUAAAUGGGUCAAGCUUACAUUACCCAAACAUAUUGCUGUUAAGAUCUCCUACAUGUUGAACAAAGGAAGGUUUAUCAACUUCAAUUUGUUACCACUACAUCAUCAGUUUGAAGCAUUCAGACAACUGAGAGUGUAUCAACAACGUCAAGUCAAUUGUGAUGAUAAGAAUGACCAACAAAAAAAUUUAACUUAUGGUUACGUUACUCACGAUGAUUUCGGAUCUAACGGUGAUGAUACUCUCCAUAUCCCCCUGGGGAACCACUUUGUACCUAAUGUGGUUGAGUCACGUCAGUUCUAUAACGAUUUCAAGGGUGAAGAUUUAUGCGAUGUUAUCUUCUACGAUUUUAUAAGCCCUAAUAUCUAUUGGGCAUUGAAUGCUUUAGGGUAUCCCACAAAGGAAGCCGUUGGCUUUUAUUCCAAUGAAUAUUUGGGUCUAUUACUAGAUGAAUAUGCGAGAAUUGAGUUAGAAAAGAAAGGAAAAUAG